AUGCAUCGAUGGACUGCUGGGAGCAAUGGGAGCGGCGUGAUGGCCGCGACUAAUGUAUGUGCAGUCGACAGUCCCCUUUUGGCGCAGCACACGCUUCCCAGCUUGGUGGACCAGAUCGUCGGAAUUGUGCGAUCCCUUGUUGCACAUCGUGGCAUGGGAUUUGGCACUUGCGACUGGGGCCGGCUGUUUUGCUGGGUUGUGGGGACGGACGACGCACACACUGGGUGGGAGUCUCUUCAUUUUCCCGCAGCCAGCGACGGCGUCCCGUGCAGCGCCGCGGUCGAUAUUCCCCUUGCAACCGCCGCCGAAGCCAGGCCUCUCACCACUUGCGUCCACUGCUCGCGCGGCCUCGCAGCCUGGCCCACGCCUCAUGGCCGGGGCAGCCCUGGCGGUUUGGCGGUUGAUUCAUGGCUGUUGCCGUCACUGACGCUGGCGGAGCGACCCCCCACCCCAAAUCCCAUCCUGUUUGUAAAUACUAAAACAUGUUGCCCGUCUCCGUCUCAGCCAGCCCACUGCGAGAACGACAGCCCUCAAGGUUCCAGGAUCUGGGGUGCUGCGACCUCAUUUCGCGGCCAUCAUUCGCCCUCUGCGCACCUCGUCGCCCUCCUGGUUCUCAGGCCUCAGCUGGCGUUAUUGCCUGUGCAGUGUGAACCGUCAUCCUGGAUAGCAGGCCGGGCUGCUGCGGGACCUGGAAUCUGGCCUGGGCACCAAGGUUGGGAAUGCGCUGCUCCGCGUGAGCCUCCGCCGAGGCCCAGCGUCACUUUGAUUGUCGUCGCAGAGCGAGUUUGCUUCCCUUCCCUUGUCUGCUACCCUUGCGCUCCCCGCGCUCGCCAGAAAUAG